GGGUCCGGGUCUGCGCCCCCGCCUCCGGGCGAGCCGAGCGCUGGCCCCAGCUGGCGGGCGCAUGUGGGGGCGCGUGGCCUGGAGGCGCUGCCCGCGGGGGCUGCGGCGGGGCCGCGAGGCGCUGCUGACGCUGCUGGCUGUGCUAGCGCUGGCCGGGCUGGGCUCCGUGCUGCGGGAGCGGCGCGGGACCAGGGCGGCAGAGCCGGGACCCCUGCGUACUCCGCGCCCGGGGCGGCGCGACCCGGUCCUGCCGCGGCCGCCGGUAGCCGGCGACGCUCUGGGCGCGCGGGGCGAGGCGGUGCAGCUGCAGCUGCAGGACGAGGAGCUGCGGCUGCAGGAGGAGAGCGUGCAGCUGCACCAGAUCAACAUCUACCUUAGCGACCGCAUCUCGCUGCACCGCCGCCUGCCCGAGCGCUGGAACCCGCUGUGCAAAGAGAAGAAAUAUGAUUAUGAUAAUCUGCCCACGACAUCUGUUGUCAUAGCGUUUUAUAACGAAGCCUGGUCGACCCUCCUCCGGACAGUUUACAGUGUCCUCGAGACGUCCCCAGACAUCCUGCUAGAAGAAGUCAUCCUUGUAGAUGACUACAGUGAUAGAGAACACCUGAAGGAGCGCUUGGCCGAUGAGCUGUCUGGGCUGCCCAAGGUGCGUCUGAUCCGUGCCAAUAAGAGGGAGGGCCUGGUGCGAGCCCGGCUUCUGGGCGCUUCCGUGGCGAAAGGCGAAGUGCUGACCUUCCUGGACUGCCACUGUGAGUGCCACGAGGGGUGGCUUGAGCCGCUGCUACAGAGAAUCCACGAAGAGGAGUCGGCGGUGGUGUGCCCUGUGAUCGAUGUGAUCGACUGGAACACGUUUGAGUACCUGGGCAACUCCGGGGAGCCUCAGAUCGGCGGCUUCGACUGGAGGCUGGUGUUCACGUGGCACGUGGUCCCCGAGAGGGAGAGGAUGCGGAUGCGGUCCCCCAUUGAUGUCAUCAGGUCUCCAACAAUGGCUGGAGGGCUGUUUGCUGUGAGUAAGAAAUAUUUUGAAUAUCUGGGGUCUUAUGACACAGGAAUGGAAGUUUGGGGCGGAGAAAACCUCGAAUUCUCCUUUAGGAUCUGGCAGUGCGGUGGGACCCUGGAGACACACCCCUGCUCUCACGUUGGCCACGUUUUCCCCAAGCAAGCUCCCUACUCCCGCAACAAGGCUCUAGCCAACAGCGUCCGAGCCGCUGAAGUGUGGAUGGAUGAAUAUAAAGAGCUCUACUACCAUCGCAACCCGCAUGCCCGCUUGGAACCCUUUGGGGAUGUGACCGAGAGGAAGCAGCUCCGUGCCAAGCUCCGGUGUAAGGACUUCAGGUGGUUCUUGGAGAACGUGUACCCAGAACUGCACGUGCCUGAAGACAGGCCUGGCUUCUUCGGGAUGCUCCAGAACAAAGGACUGAAAGAUUACUGCUUUGAUUAUAACCCUCCCAGUGAAAACCAAAUCGUAGGACACCAGGUCCUUCUGUACCUCUGUCAUGGAAUGGGUCAGAACCAGUUUUUCGAGUACACGUCCCAGAAGGAAAUACGCUAUAACACCCACCAGCCAGAGGCCUGCAUCACUGUGGAGGCAGGAACGGAUGCCCUCGUCAUGCAUCUCUGCCAGGAAACUGCCCCAGAGAAUCAGAAGUUCAUCUUGCAGGAGGAUGGUUCGUUAUUUCAUGUACAGUCCAAUAAAUGCAUUCAGGCUGAGAGGAAGACGUUCAGUAGUGACAGUUUCGUACCCCUCUUGCGGGACUGCACCGACUCCGAACAUCAGAAAUGGUUCUUCAAGGAACACAUGUGAUAAAGUGUCACGGCACAAGGAGCUCAUGGAAGGAGUGGGAAGGCCCCCGGACUCUGCCCAAGAGAGACUUAGCAGAGUCCAGUGACAGACCCACCCCAAAGCUGGCUGCUUUCCUUUGAUAAGAAAGUUACUUACAACCUGUGAAAGUUGAUGUUGGAUUUAAGAAGCUUUUUACUGAUUUUGAAAACUUCAGAAUUGCUCCUAAAUACCCUAUUUUCAAAGGGUAGUCAUAAAAUGUUAACUCUUGGUAUUCAGAGAAUUAAAACCUUUAAAUAUUUUUCUAUCAAGAUGUUUGUUCCUCUGUCAUGCAUUUUAAUUACAAUCCCUGGCAAAAAAGGUAAAUAUUCUAUUUUUGGUGUCUGCAAGGAUUCCCAGGCAUUACGAUGUUUGCGUGGGUGGAAAUUAGACUCACGUAGCAUACUCUACGUAAACUGACAACACCUCAAACAUUGGGUUAGUUUUUUCUCGGGCGUAGACAGAUGGACACUGGGAACAUUGUAUUGAUUCCUUCACAUUGUUGAGAUAUUCCAGGUUUAUUUAAAUAAGGAAUGCUAUUUGGUUAUGUGUCACCACCAUAGUCAAGACUCCAGCGAAUGUCUCUGUUAGCUAACGAGGACUAACCAAAGCUGAAAUCUCAAAGGCACAGCACGACUCAGCGAGUCACCAUCAGCUUCUGGCACACGGUAGCCUCCAGACAACGCCUCGCUGUGUCAUGGCUGGGGGGCUUUCAGAAAUCACCUCCGCGACUUUAAAACACAUUCGUGUCAUUUUAUGUUUUAAUUACACAUUGGCAUCCAGGAGAAAUGUACUGUGCUAUACCAAACACAGUUUUCAAAUGUGUUCAUUAACAGUAUUUGGUCCUUACACCCGUGUUCAGUUCUGUGCUGUAGUAACUGCUGCUGAACUAGCCCAGAUCCACUUCUGGGAUCUUGUCAA